AACAUUUUCCAAGCUGUUUUAUUUUGUCGAGUGUUUGGGAAACAUGAAUGUAAAAGUCAGAACAGACGACCAAAUAAAAUGUAUUCAUUUCGUCUUAAAACAUAUGCGUCAAACUCGAGGUUUAUUAUUUGUGGAAGCAAUAAAAAAAAAUUCAAGCAUGUUCAAGGUUAAAAUAAAUUUAAUGAGCUGGAAAGUCAUAAAAAUGUUUGGAACAGUAAGAUUUUUGUUUUGAAAAAUAGGAAAGAAAGAUCAGCUGUGGACAGUAUCAGUUUAAAAUUUUUAGUAAUGAGUAAAUAUUUCCCAAACAUAAUGAUCACAUCAUGUUCAGCAGUUUUAAUUUGUUGCAGUUUUAUAUAAUUAUUACACAACGAGCUAGAAAAAAUAUGAGAAACCAAACGUUCAACCUUAAAGCUUCUUUUUGUCAUUUAUUUAUAUUAAUUUGUAGCAAUGAAUAACAAUAAAAACAAGCCAAACAACAUAAAGGGACUAACAUAAAAAGCAUAAAAAUAAUAAAGAGGAAAUAUCCAAAUCACCAGACUUUUGUACAUGAAGUGACAUUUGAACAAUAGUGUGUUUGGGCCAUUGCAGAUAGAAACAGAGGAAACUCUCCCCCCCAAAAAAUCCAAUUUCAGAAAAUUUCUAUAGCAAAACAUGAGAAUUUCUGAGUGUGAAAAGUCAAAAGUUUGCUAGAAAAACUUUCUAUCUAAGAAGUCACUAUUGCAGUAAUCAAUUAGAGUAAAGAUAAACGCAUGGAUGAGUCUCUGUAGAUCUUGAUGGCCCAUUAUAAAUGUUCUCCAGAUGAUAGAAGGCCGACUUUGUAACCGUCUUUCUGUGGCUCUGAAGGUUCAGGUCAGAGGUCAGCCUGAUCUCUAGUUUCCCACUGCAAUAACUGAAGCUGAGUGCUGAUUCUAGAUGGUUCCUCUGUAGGUCCAAAGAUAAAAACUUCAAUUUUAUUUGGGUUUGUAAAAAAAAAGAAAAUUGUGAAUAACAAACCUACAGUGUAGUCAUCCUUCCACCAAACUUUCCCCUGUGCAGGAAGCAGCCAGGCAGUGGUUGUUGUUCUGCCAUCGUUGUGCUGAUGCUGGAGGCGUGAUGCUGGGCGUCGCUCUGGCUCUUUAAGUGAAGCUGAAGCUGAUCUGAGCUCAGUUUGCUGUGACUCUGAUCCAACGGCUGCUGGCUCCAGCUGGGAGGCGUUUCCACCGUUAAAACUCUGGAUUCCUUCUUUAUUUGGUGGAAAUGAUUUAAUUUGUUUCACUCUGUUAAUUUUUAUAAACAUGAGUUAGUUUUUCUGAUUAGUUUCUCCAAUAACUCACCUCUAUGGUUGUUUUACAAACUAAAAUUAGGAUGAAAUUAAACUCCUCUCAGGUUUUGUAUUUCACUCUGACUGCCUAUGUGGACUCUGGUUCCCUGAAAUAUUUCUGUUUCUUUGUCAUCCUGUCUCUGUAUGUUCUGAUUAUCAGCUGUAACGUCCUGCUGAUCGUGUUGAUCUGUGUGAACCGGACCUUACAUGAACCCAUGUUCCUGUUCCUCUGCAGCCUGUUUGUGAACGAACUGUACGGCAGUUUGGGUUUGUUUCCCUUCCUGCUGGUUCAGAUCCUCUCUGAUGUUCACAUCAUUCCUGCUCCUCUUUGUUUCCUGCAGAUUUUCUGUAUUUAUACGUAUGCAAGUGUAGAGUUUACUAACUUAGCCGUCAUGUCUUAUGACAGAUAUGUAGCGAUCUGCUGUCCUCUGCAGUAUAACUCCCUGAUGACUUCACAGAGGAUAGUUUUCCUGCUGUUCAUCAUAUGGCUGCCUCCCUGUCUAGCGGUCGGGGGAACGGCCUUUCUGAGUUCCUCUCUGCAGCUCUGUGGGAACGUCAUCAAUAAGGUUUACUGUAGCAAUCACUCCAUCAUCAAGCUGGCCUGUAACGACCCCACAGCCAAUAACAUCUAUGAAUUUGUGAUGUCUUUCCUCACAGUCUGUGUUCCUGUUUCUGUUAUCGUCUACACCUACAUGAGGAUCCUUCAGGUGUGUUUCUCUGGGUCCAAACAGACCCGGCAGAAAGCCGUCAGUACCUGCACCCCCCACCUUGCUUCUAUAAUCAACUUCUCCUUCGGUGUUUCCUUUGAAAUAUUGCAGAGCAGAUUUAACAUGAAUACUGUUCCCAGUUUUAUCAGAAUACUUUUAUCUCUGUAUUUUCUGACGUGUCAGACGGUUUUUAACCCGGUUCUGUACGGCCUGAAUAUGUCCAAAAUACGCAGCAUGUGUAAAAAGCUGGUUCUGAACUCUGUGAGGAAAUGUUCACCAUGAAGAAGGUUUUUAUUUUGGUUUCUGGUAAAAUUAAUACUUAAUAAAAUUCACUAUUUGACUCCAAAAGGGAUUUAAAUUAUUUAUUUACACAAUAAAAAGAAUCAUAAUUCCUAUUGCAAUUAUUUACAAAGAAAUACUGAGGUUAACCUUUGACCUUUUGAAAUAAAUGUACAGUCCUGUAUGGUAAAUAGUUUCUAAUUGUGUCCUAUCCUGAGAAAUAAUGAACAUAAAACCUGCAGGUGUUUGACUUUCGGUGCAGAAUAUAUUCAACUUAAAUUAAUCAAUUUAAUGUCAAAUUGUCCAUGACAAAUGACAAAAUUAUUUAUAAACACACAAACUAAACCACUAUUUUUUCAAGAAAAACUGCAGUAAAAAUGUUUGCUAUAUUUAGGAUUAAAGUGAACUUUUAAUUUGAUUAGAAAGCAACAUUAAUGUGUUAGAAUGUCAGCAUCAGAAUCCUGACUGGAGUUAUAACAUUUCAACCUCCAGGACUUGGAGAAAAUCACCAAAAUUAAGUCACUAAAUUAAUUAUAGUGAAGGUGACGCCAGUAUCAGAAGUUUAUCCUGUACUUGUUGGGUUGCAGCUGGGGAUCAAAGGGCAGCUGUGGCUACAAUGUAGCUCAUCAACAUGUGAAUGAACGGCCGAAUAACUGAAUGUCCUCUGGACUCUGGAGAGAAGAUGAACCUUUUUCUCCUCCUUUCCUUCCAUCUGUGCUGCAUUUGCUCUCUGCCCUGUGAUUUCUUUUUGAGCCUCUUUAAAUUACAAUUCAUGGAUCUUGUGAUUGUAAUUGCAAGAUCCAUGUAAUUACAUGGACCAAUGUAAUUGGUCAGCUGAUCUCUGUGCAAGUGAUCAAACUGUAAAGUCCUCUGUCCCUGACAGGAAACAUGUAGCUGGAAACGUGAUGGAAGGCCGUGUGUCUGUCCACGCUGUCAGCAGAGGAUGUCGUUGAAACAUGAACAUAAUUACAUUUUUGAUAACAGAAUUUUUGCUUUUUGGAUUUGGCAGUUGGCUGGCAUAUCGAGAAAUUAGGAAAAUGUCAUCAGCUGUUCUAGGAGCAGUUAUGCUGCCAGGCCUCUGUGAGGCGAUGUGCCGUUCUAUCAACACUCGGACUUGGAUGCUGUGUGACCAGAACCACUAGUUGUUCUGUUCGCUGAGAAAACAGCCCGGACAGGUCAGAAACUCUGUCCUGUGGGACUGACCACAAAUGUGGCUGUUAGGAUUUCGCCAUCAAGAUGAACCACUGAGACUUUAAGGCAGACGGAAAA